GCCACUUUUCCUUGGGAACAUGCCCGGCUGCUGAUCCUCAGCACACCUUGAGACUAGAUGACUGAUCCCUUCUGUGUUGGAGGAGGCCGCCGGCUCCAGGGGUCCAGCAAAAGUGGAUCUGGGAAGGGUAGCAGCCGGAAAGAGGUCCGACUUCCCAUGCUGCAGGACCCACCAAAGCUGGGGAUGCCCGUGGUCCACAGUGGACAGACAGUGCCUGGCCAAGCCCCACUCUGCUUUGACCCAGGAAGUCCAGCCAGCGACCGGACAGAAGGGAAGAAAAAGGGGCGGCCAAAAGCUGAGAACCAGGCCCUCCGAGACAUUCCUCUCUCCCUUAUGAACCAGUGGAAGGAUGAGUUCAAGGCACACUCAAGGGUGAAGUGUCCAAACUCGGGGUGCUGGCUGGAGUUCCCCAGCAUCUACGGGCUCAAGUACCAUUACCAGCGGUGUCAAGGGGGUGCCAUCUCAGAUAGGCUGGCCUUCCCCUGCCCUUUCUGCGAGGCUGCAUUCACCUCCAAGACUCAGCUGGAGAAACACCGGAUUUGGAAUCACAUGGACCAUCCCUUGCCUACCCCGAAGCCUGGCCCAGUCAGCCGACCGGUGACCAUUAGCCGUCCUGUUGGAGUCAGCAAGCCCAUUGGAGUGAGCAAACCAGUUACUAUUGGAAAGCCAGUGGGAGUCAGCAAGCCCAUUGGCAUCAGCAAGCCUGUCACAGUCAGCAGGCCCAUACCAAUUACCAAGGCCAUGCCAGUCACCAGGCCUGUGCCAGUCACCAAGCCCAUUCCAGUUGCCAAACCUGUGCCAGUCACCAAAUCCAUGCCAGUCACCAAGCUUGUAACAGUUACAAAACCUGUGCCGGUCACCAAGCCAGUACCAGUGAGCAGGCCCAUUGUGGUCAGCAAGCCAGUACCAGUCAGCAGGCCUGUUGCCAUCAGCAGACACACACCACCCUGCAAAAUGGUGCUGCUGACCAAGUCUGAGAACAAAGCACCGCGUGCCACAGGGAAGAGCAGCAGUAAGAGAAGGGCUGCAGACAGUCUGGACACCUUCCCCAUCCCACCCAAGCAGGCCAGGCCAGAGAAUGGAGAGUAUGGCCCAUCUACCACAGGCCAGAGUACAGCCUUCCAACUGAGCACGAACCCCAGCAAUAGCUCCCUGCUGCUGGGAAGCAGACCCUCAAUGGGGAAGGAGGUGCUGAGGCCCACAGGCCCUGUGUCCCCACCUGAGGAAGACCCAGAGCGCACAAAGCACAGAAGGAAACAGAAAACACCCAAGAAGUUUACAGGGGAGCAGCCAUCCAUCUCAGGGACCUUUGGGCUCAAAGGCCUGGCCAAAGCCGAGGACAAGGCCCGAGUUCACCGAUCCAAGAAGCAGGAGGGCCCGGGCCCCGAGGACAUGCGCAAGAAGGUGCCAGCUACCUCCAUCCCUGUCAGCAAGGAGGCGCCAACUCCUGUGACCCACCCAGCCCCAGGUGGCCCUGAGGAGCAGUGGCAGCGAGCCAUCCAUGAGCGGGGGGAGGCUGUCUGCCCUACUUGCAAUGUGGUCACCCGGAAGACACUCGUGGGACUUAAGAAGCACAUGGAGGUGUGUCAGAAGCUGCAAGAUGCACUCAAGUGCCAGCACUGUCGGAAGCAGUUCAAGUCCAAAGCUGGCCUCAACUAUCACACCAUGGCUGAGCACAGUGCCAAGCCCACUGAUGCUGAAGCCUCCGAGGGGGGUGAGCAGGAGGAGCGAGAGCGGCUGCGCAAGGUGCUGAAGCAGAUGGGGCGGCUGCGCUGCCCCCAGGAGGGCUGUGGGGCCGCCUUCUCCAGCCUCAUGGGCUAUCAGUACCACCAGCGGCGCUGCGGGAAGCCACCCUGCGAGGUAGACAGCCCCUCCUUCCCCUGCGCCCACUGCGGCAAGACCUACCGCUCCAAGGCGGGUCAUGACUACCACGUGCGCUCAGAGCACACGGCCCCGCCUCCUGAAGAAUCCAUGGACAAGUCUUCUGAAGCAGAGGACCUGCUGGGUGUGGAACGUACCCCAAGUGGCCGCAUUCGCCGCACAUCGGCCCAGGUUGCCGUGUUUCACCUGCAGGAGAUUGCAGAGGAUGAGCUGGCCCGUGACUGGACCAAGCGGCGUAUGAAGGACGACCUUGUGCCUGAGACUGCACGGCUCAACUACACUCGGCCAGGCCUCCCUACACUCAACCCACAGCUGCUGGAGGUGUGGAAGAAUGAAGUCAAAGAGAAAGGCCACGUAAACUGCCCCAAUGAUUGCUGCGAAGCCAUCUACUCCAGUGUGUCUGGUCUCAAGGCCCAUCUUGCGAGCUGCAGCAAGGGGGACCACCUGGUAGGGAAGUACCACUGCCUGCUGUGUCCCAAAGAGUUCAGCUCCGAGAGCGGUGUCAAGUACCACAUUCUCAAGACUCAUGCAGAGAACUGGUUCCGGACCUCAGCGGAUCCACCUCCUAAACAUAGGAGCCAGGACUCCUUGUUGCCCAGGAGAGAAAAGAAAAAAAGUCUGGUGGGCGGGAAGAAGCGGGGCCGAAAGCCCAAGGAACGGCCCCCUGAGGACCCUACGCCCAGGCUUCCCCCACGCCGGGAUGACUGGUCCCUGGGAGGCAGAGACAAGGGGGCUCGGGGCUCCACUGGGCGGAAGGUGGGAGCUGGCAAGGCACCUGAAAAGUGAGCCUAGUCUGUAGGAUCUGACCCCCAUGCCAGCUACCAAGCCCUACUCUGUCCAGUUCAGAGGAACCAGCUGUAGACCUGACCUCCAUCCCCAUCCCCCAUCCAUCUGUCCAGUGGGAAUGGCCAGCCACUCACCCCUCUCUUUUCAGGCUGCUUGGGACACAUCUGGGUUGGUCUCUCCCAGGGUGCCAGGUCAGUAGCAGAAGUGCAAUAGCUGGGAGCCAACCCUUCCUGGGAGGACAUUCAUAGGCCUGGCAGGGGCAGAGGCCUUAGCACUAUGGGUGAUGCAGUACAGAGCAGUCAGAGGCCUUUGGUCCCUGUCUCUACUUCAGGCCCAGCUAGGUCCCUGCCCUGGCUCCCCAAGCCCCCCAGUGACCUGUGGCUCUGGGCUGAUAGCACUUGAACAGCUGUGGCUGCUCCCACCUGGACUCACCUCUACCUGACACUGGAACUCCAGUACCCCAGCUACCUCCCAGGACAGACCCUGUCUGACCACUGCCGUGUUGACCUGAUCCCACCUGCCUGCCCUUUUCUACCCACUCUGGUUCCUCUGCUGUUUUCUACCUCUCUGGGCCUGUUCCUCCCACCCCCACCCCUGGCCGCAUCCCCCAUCUAUGUCACCCCUGCUGUGCUUUAGGCCCCACCCCACUGACUUGUGUAAUUGUGAGGGGGCUUUCCUGAAAGGUCCCCAGCAGUGCAUCCUGCUUGGGGCAAGAGAACCCUACUUAACUCCACUGUCAGGGUAACAGGAUAGCUGGGGCUGGAGCCCCCGGCACAUAGGGGCAAGCUGGCAUGUCUUGCCUCCAGCCUGUGGCGUGAAGUCUCCAUGGGGCCAAGGCUGGGCAAAAGGAGCUCAGCUAUGAGGAGUCACCCCUGUGGGAGACAGCUUCCAUCUACCAGGCAGGACUGCCACAGGCCGAGCUCCUGUGGAGGCCAUCCUUCUGCCUUUCCCUUUCUUUACCUGCCCCUGUGUAUCUGGUGGCAUGGUCAUUUGAUACAGGAACUGAAGGCCAGUGAGUGGAGGGGCCAUGACCAAGGUGGCAGCUCCAGGGCUGUGUCUUCUUUGGGGCUCUGAGGACUGGAGGGUCUGCAGGUUGGGCAAGGGUCAGGCAGGGACUCCAGGGUUCCUUGAGGAGGUGUCCACACAGCCUCUGGCCACCUCCCUGGCCUCACCUUCCAACACUGGUACAGGGAGGAAGUUGCUUAGAGGAACUCUUGGACUGAGGCCAUCUUCCAGUGGGGGGUGGGGGUGGGCUGAAGGCUCGGCCUCACUGAUCCUGGAUGAUGUGAAUUUUGAUAUUUGCCUGUGUGCGUGUCUCCUGGGUGUAGUGGAUGCCAGUCUUGUUGCUGUGACAAGUAACAACUUUUUUAAAUUCUGUUUUUUAUACAAAAAUUCACAACAAUCUGACAUUUUGGUGCUAAGGGUUUCCUGGUGCCGAAGGUGGGCCUGAGCUGGGCUGACUGUGGCCAGGCCCCUCUGCUGCCCAGGGGGCUGUGUUGACUGGGUACCCCCUCUCCCAGCAUGGCUGAGGAGCUCUACUUGGGCAGUCCCAGCCUGCAGUAGGGAGAGCACCCCCAGAGGGCUUUGGGGGUGUUGUGCUUUUCCUGUCUGGGAAGGCUGACUCUGGACAGCCUGAGGAGGGGUGUAGAGGAUAUAUAUUACUCCCCCACACACCUUGAUCCUGUUCAGAGCAUGGCAGCUAGGCAGAAAUGGGUGUGGUCCAGCAUCGAAGAGUAGUCUGGGACUUUCGGGCAGGAGGGCUGCUCUUUCUAUGUGUAUUCUGAGUGCUACAGUGGUGUGCAGCUGUAGAGGGGAGGCCCUGGUACACAGCCCUGUUACCUGUGGUGGAGGAGGUUAGACCCCCACACCUUUCUGCAGGGUGUGGCUGUCUGCCCCAGCCUCUCAGGUAUUUGGCGCUUGAGGGGAGGAGGGUAGCCCAUUUUUUGCUGGGGGUUUGUGUCUAGGACACCCCUCAAAGCUCACAGGUAGUCCCUUGUGUGGAAAGUGGGGGUCCUGGAUAACUUGAUGUUUAGCACUUUAACUCCCUUCUUUGUCUUUGAAGUGGGUCUGGGGGUUGCUGCCAGAAGUGGCUAUUGGGUUGGACCCCUCCCUCUGUCCCUCCUUCCUUCUGACACUAGCUGGUGAGGAGCAGUGGCAAGCUGAGAGUCCUCGGUCUAAGAGGGUAGGGCCCUGGGCAGGCCUCUGCAGGUUUGCCCUCUUUCCAGUCAUGGCCAGAUGACCACUGGCCUCCACAGACAGUCUCAGUAAGAGGGACCAGCAUGGCAGACCCCCAGGUCUGAUGAGCAUGGACCUUGGAGGCCCACACCCUGGGACCUUGGCAAAAUGAGACCGUUGAGGUCUCAACUCUGCAGAUCUACCUCUGGCCCAGCGCAAGCCCUGCCCUCAAAACAGAAAAAAGUGCCCCAGGGGCUGAUACUUAACACAAAAAUGGGAUGCACUUUAUUUGCUCCUGCACAGGCAGAUGAGGGUGUGUCCUAGGUUCCAGUGGGCUUUCCUGUCCCUUUAGUGGUUCUGAAAGGAGACCCUGGGAGGGCAGGCUGUCCCUAUGAGGCCUUGCUGGGUGGGCCCAGGCAGCUUGCUUUGAGUCUGGGUUUAGGAGGGUCAGUGGGUCACCCCUUCUGCCUAAAGGCCAUGCGUCCUAAAUUUUAGGUAUCUUGGUUUUUUUUUAAACGCAGUUCUCAGUACACAAGUGCAUUUUGAAAGACAGGUUCCAGCUAUCACUUGUAACCAUAUAUAUACAUAUAUAUUCUAUCUACAAAGUGUUUAUUUGCAAGAUGUUUUGACGGUGAGCUUGGGCCUUGCCCGCCUUGUGACCAUCUGUCCCCAUCCUCGGCUCCGCCCCGCCCCCUGGACCGGAGUGGGGGGGCAGGCCAUCAACUGUAUGUAUUAGAAAUGACUGUAUCAAAUAAAUGUUUAUUGAUUUCUUUUCCA